CGCAUCCAAACGAUGAAGUCUUUAAACCCUUCCUACUGCAUACGCAUGAUUCCAUACAUAUAAAUAGACAAAUAUGGCCAAUCCUUCAACCAAUGUGCCCCCAAAAGAUCAGCCACCAUCCACCCCAACUGUCCAAAUCCCUGACCCUCCAGCCUCUCUUGUGCAGCCGCAAGACCAGUCGCCAAAACCUUCAUCAGCGAGCCCACCAGACAACCCAUUAGUGAGACUCGUUCAUUCUCCAGGCAGGACGACAUUGGGUCAACCGCAAGACCAAUCGCCAAAAUCUCCAAAACCCAGCACCGUGUCAACGCCAAGGCCUGUUCAAUCUCCAGGCAGGUCUUCAUCAUCGGCGCUGCCUGGUUCCGGAAGGCAUCCGACUUAUCGGGGAAUACGGAGCAGGAGCGGCAAAUGGGUAUCUGAAAUACGCGAGCCGCGUAAAACGACGCGUAUAUGGCUUGGAACAUAUCCGACCCCUGAAAUGGCAGCUACCGCGUAUGAUGUGGCUGCUAUUGCCCUAAAAGGUCCCGACACGGAUCUAAACUUUCCGGAUAUGAUUCUUUCGUAUCCAAAAGCGGCUUCCACAUCCGCAAGCGAUAUUCGGGCUGCAGCUGCUAGUGCUGCCGCUUCCAGGCUACCCAAGCCAGAUACUGGGUCAUCAAAAGACUCAAAACAGGAUCAGGGCGAGCCUGAAAAUGAGGGUACCACGUCAGGUAGUUGCAUGGAGUCUGGUUCCGGUCAGGAAUUUAUUGACGAGGAAGCGCUUCUAAACUUUCCAAAUUUGUUGGUGAAUAUGGCAGAAGGAAUGCUUAUAAGCCCUCCCAGGAUAAACUCACCACCCUCAGAUGAUUCACCGGAGGAUUCAGAUGUAGAAAGCCUAUGGACUUACACUUAAAAGAGACUCAAAAUUUACUAUGAAAGUGAUAGUAUAAAGAAAUGUAGAAGCAUGUGAUUGAGAAGAAGAUGAUGAUCAAGGUAUUGUCUUUUUUCUCUUUUCGCUUCCUCUUUUUCCUACCCCUUCUGUUUUUGAUCUAUCUGAGGGGUUAGAUGCCCAUGGCUGGGGGUGUUUUGAAGCUGAUUAGGUUGGCUUGAAAUCAAUUUGCUGUGAGAGCGUGAAAAUCUAGCCAUAAAAAAGUUAGGUGCUUUUAUCUGUUGCUUAUCUUGUGGGCUGUAUAUUUCAGAGCUGUUUUUCUUAAGCUUGCUUUGGUAAUUAAAACCAAGAGAGUCUUUGUUUUCCUUAUGUUUUUCCCUGGUAGUUUUCAAUAAUAUGAGUGUACCCCUCA